AUGUUUUUGUUCUGGGUUACACUGAUUCUUCUUCAUCGAGUAUUUGCACUCAUUCCAAUAACUACAGCUCAACUUGGGGGACCUGUCACCUUUACAUGUGUUCUGCCCAAAAGUGAGACCGGCCGUAGAGAUAUCCACUGGUACCAUCAGAGAGCUGGUGACACACUGAAAAUUAUCUGGACACUGAAAGAAUCAGCAACACCUAAGUUUGCACCUGCAUUUGAUAACUCAAGAUGGAAAGCUAAUUAUGAUAAAAAUGUCAGCAACCUGACCAUUCUGAAAACAAAUCAAGACGACGAGGGAAUCUAUCACUGUGGGUUUACAGAGUGGCUCCAAGAUACUACAUGGACCGGAACAUAUUUGUUAGUAAAAGGAAACACCCAGACAGCAAACUACACUGUUGUUCAGGAGAAGACAGUCCAUGCAGGAAAUUCAGUGACUCUUCACUGUUCACUAUUUUCUGAUGCUGAGAAUAAGACAUGUCCAGGCGGUCACCAUGUGUUCUGGUUCAGAGAAGGAUCUCAUCCUGAUAUCAUUUACACUGAAGGAAACAGUCAUCAUGAAUGUGGGAAAAGAUCUGAGGCUCAGCAGAGUUGUGUUUUUCGCUCUUCUAAAAAUGUCAGCUCCUCUGAUGCUACGACUUACUAUUGUGCUGUGGCCACAUGUGGGCUAAUAUUAUUUGGAAAUGGAACUAAACAAGAAAUGGGUUCUCCAUUUAUUGCACUGGUGAUAGCAAUACUCUGCUUGGUUAUUUCUCUAAUUCUUAAUGUUAUUUUCAUCUGUUGUCGAACUCCAGGAGCAGCAUGUGAACAAAUUAAAAAAAACAGCUCGUCACAAGCAAGGCAAGAUGACUUGAGCCAAGCUGUGGAUGAGAGUAUUGAAGGUGAACUGAACUAUGCUGCACUGCAAUUCUCUGGAAGGAAAACGACAAGAGGAAAGAAGAAGAAGGGUGAACUGGAAACUGAAGAAAGUGUGUACUCUCAAGUAAAAUGCAGAAUGUGA